CCGGAUCCAACAGGCGGUGAGCGUAUCACUUCCGGGUUUUUUAAUCUUUUUGCAGAAGACUCCUGCUUUUAUAAAUAAUCCCCUCUCCCGUAAAAACCAGGUUUAAGUUCGUUCUUCUUACAAGUUACAACUAUAGUCUACCCAUUCUGAAUUCUCUCUCUCACAUUGGAUAGAAAACACGCGCACUCGAUCAUACAAGGUAACUUUCUGAGGUAGCCUUCAAGAACAAAAAGUCAAAUAUGUUUUUUCACAUAGUGCUGGAAAGAAACAUGCAACUGCAUCCUCGUCAUUUCGGCCCAAAUCUACGUGAUAAGUUGGUCGCGAAGCUCAUGAAAGAUGUGGAAGGCACUUGCAGUGGCCGUCACGGGUUCGUGGUGGCAAUAACGGGGGUUGAUAAUGUUGGAAAAGGGCUAAUUCGUGAUGGUACAGGGUUUGUGACGUUUCCUGUCAAGUACCAAUGUGUAGUUUUCAGACCUUUUAAAGGAGAGAUACUUGAAGCUGUAGUGACCAUGGUUAAUAAGAUGGGUUUUUUUGCUGAAGCUGGUCCUGUUCAAAUAUUUGUGUCGAACCAUCUUAUACCAGAUGAUAUGGAAUUCCAGUCUGGAGAUAUCCCAAAUUAUACAACUUCAGAUGGAUCAGUUAAAAUUCAAAAGGAUAGUGAAGUACGGCUAAAGAUAAUUGGAACUCGAGUUGAUGCUACAGAAAUAUUUUGCAUUGGUACCAUAAAAGAUGAUUUCUUGGGUGUGAUUAACGACCCGGGAGCGGCUGCUUAAUCCAACCAUUGGAUCGAUGAACCCUUUCCCGACCACCUGCUAGACUGGAGUUUGUCUGCAAGUAAAAAGGGCAGAAUAUUAUCAACCCUUGCAAAGACAGCCUGCUUCUCUUUCCUUUGUCUUCAUUAGUUCCACUCAAUGUACGAAGAAGAUGUAUAUAGCUUCUGCAAGAAUAUGGGUUCUAAUUUGUUCUUGUUUUUCUGAGGGAUAUGUAUUGUUCACUCGCACCUGUGUUGCUCAAAUGGAGUUAAAAUUCAUGUAAACAAGAUAUAAUUAAGAUAUAGUUAAGACUUCAGACUCUAAAAAGAAUUAGAGAUUAUGACU